GGGGUUCCGUGUUACAACACUGGAGACAAACGUGCCUUCCUACUUGGGGCUACACGUUAUUCUGGGGGAGGAAGGGUUGAUAGGUUUUAUCAUGGUGGUGGUUCUUUCUCAUGAGGUGGGAUUAACUUUUGUGUAGACAGUGACGUAAAUUUGGGUCCAAAGCUCGGCACCUGUGUCCAGAUGUUAGUUUGUAACAGCUUUUUUUUUGUGGGUCAAAGGCUAACCCUCAACAGCAUGAAUCUUACUGAUUUUCUUUAAUAGCAUUGUGUUUUCAUGGAUCAAGUUUUAUCAUAUCCUGAGAAUGGGUAAUCUGCUUACACUCUCUAAAUGGAUAGUCAAUACCAUGAACAUAUCAUUGACCUAGAGAAUUAUUAGAUUCUUAGAAAACCCUUGCAUGAUGACUUGUAAAGUUUACCCAGUAUGCAGCAUGAUUGCAGAACUGUGUCUUGUCAUACCGGCAAUGACUCUUGGACUAGUCAGUACAUCCUCAUUUUUUUUCCUAACAGAGAAAACACUUAAGGCAACCAUGCAAAGAUUGCAGUGCAGAUCUGUGAAACAAAUGCAAAAGGCUAAACUCUCAGAUUGGGGCAUUUGUGUGUGGUUAAGCACUUACUGAUUUGUGUGUGCUCUUGGAAAAUUAUGUUUGACAAAUGCUUGACAAAGUCCAUAGACUAGUGAUACUGUCAAGAGAAAAACCUGUUCUGGAAGAAAGUUCUGGGUUAACAGUUAGUGAAAGACAGGAUUGUGUGUUUUGGCGGCUCUGACAUAGGAAGGUGUUCAGUCAGCCCUUGCUACCUAUCCUUCUGCAACACUACAGCACCUAAUUGGAUGGUAAACUAGAAGGAGUUCAUUCAGCUGAAAACUAACAUUCAUCCCUUCCCUCCCAUUCUGCAGAACUGUUUUUCAGAUGGAGUAGUUUUCUGCUGCAGUGCACCUUGGGCUCUGCAAACACCUGUUCCAGAAGAAAGUUUUGGGAAAAAGUUAGGGAAAGAGAAUUGCAUCUUUUGGCAGUUAACAGCUGACAGCCAGAGUCGUAGGAUAGGUUUCUUGGCAGCAAUAGGGACGUAGGUGGACAAAUGCAACCUGUUUUGUAGUUUCAGUCUUUGAUCUUGAAUCCAGACUGUUCUGUGGUGGAGAGGAUGCGGAACACUUAUGUGAUCAGAGCUGUUAACUAUAACGAGGGAGUGUGGAAAGGAAGAACUGAGGAGAAAAGCUAUGAAAGUACUGGUUAUUGGCCUUGGAGGAGUAACAAAUGGAGGAAAAACAACACUGGCAGAAAAGCUUAAGAAAAUGCUUCCCAACUGUGAUAUAAUCUCUCAAGAUGACUUCUUUAAGCCAGAGUCUGAAGUAGAAACAGAUGAGCGCGGAUUUAAGCUGUAUGAUGUACUUGAUGCUCUCUAUAUGGAUGAAAUGGUGAAAAGUAUUCACAAUUGGAUGAACAGCCAUACAUGCUCAGCUGUUGUGACUGAAGAACCACAGAAUACGCGUGAAAGUGUUAAAAAUACAGAAGAUGUUUAUAUUUUGAUUGUCGAAGGCUUUCUGCUGUAUAAUUAUGAGCCACUUAAUGAACUCUGGAAUAGAAGAUACUUUCUGACGCUUCCUUAUGAAGAGUGCAAAAGGAGAAGGAGCACCAGAGUCUAUCAGCCAGCAGAUACACCGGGGUACUUCGAUGGACACGUGUGGCCUAUGUAUCUGAAAUACAAAAAUGAAUUGGAAGAAAACACAAGCAAUGUUGUUUAUUUGGAUGGUACUAAACCCCAAGAAGAGCUUUUAUCCUGUGUAUAUAGUGAUAUAAUACAGGAAUUAAAGAAGCUGAGGGAAGGAAGUCUCAUGGCAUGAUAAUGUAGAAGGCCUGGAUUCUGUUUGAUACAGAUCUAAAACCCCAGGAAUGGUGCUUGGCAAGCCACCCAACUGAGCAGAUGUCCACGUUUAUGCCUGUAACAGUAGUUCAUACAAUGCAAAUCGAUUUGUAGCAAGUAUUAGCUCUGUAAGCUUCAGAUACUGAGUUAACUAUCAACAGUGCAUUAUUCCUUAGGAUUCCUUCCAUCAGUUAUGCCUUGGCAGAUCUUUAUAUGUGAUUGAAAUUGCGUAUUUUAAAUAAUAUAAAUACUUGUAUACAGAACUAAACUAUAAAGAUGCAGUUCUGUUGGAUUAGUAAGAUCAUCUGAAAAUGGAUGAAUGCAAUUUGAAAUGUUCAUAUAGUACUUGGAAAUGAUGAUUAAGUAUUAAUCACUGAUAGACAUGGUUAGAGGAACUAGCUGUAAGCUGUGGCAAUGCUAACUUUAAAAUUGUGUAAGCUGUUACUCUGCUCAUUCAGUAACUGAAUCUGUUACUGAAUGCAUUGUAACUGAACUUAGACUUGCUCAAUACCCAUGUGGUGUUUCUCAAGUAAUUUCUAUGUUACAUGUUUGGACCAGUUGAGAAUGUAUUGUUUUAAAAAGAAAGAUUGUUGGGAAAAUGUGGGGGACUAACACCUCUGAAUAGAUAUGCAUCACUAACAAGUUAAAUUACAUCUAUCAUGGAAAGAUCAUGGAUUAGAAUGGUUUAAAGUACAAGAUGAUAAACCCAUGCUUUGGGAAGGAAGAAGUAAGAAGUAUUUCUUACUAAUAUUCAGAACUCAGGAUGAAGUUAUGUAUGUAAUUAUAUAUUACAUAUACAAUGAAAGUGUUCAGAAAGCAGGCAUACGAAAUGUAUGUUAAAAUUUUGUUACAGAAUCUGUAUAUAUAUAUUAAGAUAAAGUAGGAGACUAGCAGUUUUAAUUGUCUUCAGUUGCUGGAUAAGUAACAUAUCAACCCAUACUUUUUGUAUAUGAUCUCUUAAAUUUUAUUUAAUAAAUGAAAAUUAAAAUUAA